UAUAAGUCCUUUCUUUCUUUCAAGAUGUCGAAAAUGUGUGAAGUCAGUUUGUUGGGUUCGUUUCUUGUAGUUUUUCUGUCCCUGAUUUCCAUUACAUUGGGAAACGUACUUGAAUUGACUCCUUCUGACUUCGAUGAGGUCGUCAAUGGAGACGCCUUUGUACUGGCAGAGUUUUAUGCUCCAUGGUGUGGUCAUUGUAAAGCUCUUGCGCCAACCUAUGACCAGCUUGGUGAGGCAUACAAACACACAGAAGACGUUAAAAUAGUAAAAGUGGAUGCCGAUGCACACAAGGAUUUGGCAACAAAGUUUGAUGUUUCUGGCUAUCCCACAAUCAAGUACUUUAAAAAGGGAAGCACUGAGGCUAAAGAAUAUUCAGGGGGAAGAGAUUUAAAGGACUUUACUGAAUUUAUACUUGGCGAAACAGGUGUUAAAGCCAAAGUUCCUAUUGUCAGGGAAGAAGUUCUUACUCUUGAUCCAACAAAUUUUGACAAAAUUGUCAAGGAUACAAACAAGGAUGUUCUUGUAGAAUUCUAUGCACCAUGGUGUGGUCAUUGCAAGAACCUUGCCCCAACCUAUGAGAAAGUUGGCCAGGCCUUUAAAAAUGAGCCAAAUUGUGUCAUUGCAAAGGUUGAUGCUGAUGGUCAUAGAGAUCUUGGUGAAAGGUAUGGUGUCAGUGGUUUUCCUACUAUCAAAUUCUUUCCAAAAACAAACAAAGAUGGAGAGGAGUAUUCUGGAGGAAGAAGUGAAGAGGACUUUAUCAACUUUAUGAAUGAGAAAUGUGGAACCAAGAGAACACCAGGUGGUGGCCUAAAUGAUGAGGCUGGAAGAAUUGAGGCCUUUGAUGAGUUUGCUAAAAACUUUAUGGCACAAAAGGACAAGCGUGAAUCUAUUUAUGAAGAAGCUAAGGGAUUAGUGGACAAGCAGGAAGACCAAAAAAUGGCCAAAUAUUAUGUCAAAGUCAUGGAGAAAGUUACAAAAGUUGGCGAUGAAUUUAUCACUAAAGAGACGAGCCGAAUGGAACGUUUGUUAGGUGGUCAAAUCAGCUCAGCCAAAAAAGAUGAAUUCACCAAAAGAACCAACAUUCUUGGUCAGUUUGCUGGUGCUAAGAAAGAUGAGCUGUAGAGGUCAUAUCUGUUUUACACAAAGGCUGUAAUUCCUCCUUAGAAGUCAUCAAAAUAACUGCUAAAUUAUACUGCAAAAAGUAUUUUUUCUGACUGCAUAAUCAUGUUUUCACACACAUUAUUUUGAAAGUUGUUGCAGGAGGAAUGUCAGAAAAGCUUUAUAAAAUGGUCGGCACUUUUUCUUUGUUUUUGAACUGUCUUCAUCAGGUUGUAUGGUUGUUUUUGUCUUGUAUCAUGGUGAAUGUCUUUUCAUUAAACUUGUGGUUCUUA